AUGGGCAUGUGGGAAACAGACGAUGAGUAUCUAAGUGGCCCGGCUGCUACUUCGCUGCCAACACCUUUGGAUACUCCCUAUCGCACGCCUUCGAGAACAUCAAAAAGAUCGCGACGCUCAGUUACACCACCUGGAAAGGAUGCUUCACCUCCGCCUUUGCCCAGCGAGAUGGGUUCCAAGAGAUCAUCCCGGAAUAUGCCACCCGAUGAAACCAUCAGCAUCUUGGACCCCAGGCGGUUUACUCCUACACUACACGCUAACUUGGUGUCCGAAAUUCUUGCCCUUCGUCGAGAUCAGGAGGAGAAAACCCGGCAAAUUGAAGCCCUAGAAGCAUCUCUAUAUGCAGCAAAGGAAGAGAAGGACGCACUGAAAUCGAAUCUUACGGAAACAGGCAAGGAGAGCAGGUCCCUUAAACGCCAACUUUCUCUUCUCGAAGGCGGAUCUUCGUCCGCACUCGGCGAAUUGUCACGGGAACGUGACGAUGCUGUUGAAUCGGUCGCUGAUACGAGGAAACGACUUGAGACUGCUCAAAAAAAGAUUCGUUCUCAGGAAGAGGACUCUUUGCGAGUCCACGAACUAUGGGCACAAGAGAAAGAUGAAUGGGAGGAAGAGAGGCGAAAGUUUGAACGCCGACUCCAUAUUGCAGAAAACCGCCUAAAGAACGUUCUUGACGAAGUUGCCGCAUAUCAGCAAGCUUUCAGUAAUGCCAACGGCGGAGGCAACUAUGGGGCAGCUCAUGGCCAUGAAAGUGAAGUGGAAGAAAGCGGUCGAGAAAACGACGCUGCUAGUGUCAGAACGAUGAGUAUGACCAACAGCAUCCGGUUUUCCCUGCAAAGCGGUCCUGGAGUAAUGAGAUUCAAUGGCAACUCUCUUGCAGAUGAGCUCAAUUUCGACGACGAGGACGAACAAAGUGACUUCGGCGGGCGAGAAAGCGCCAUGUCGAAUUACGCAACAUCUUUCCACACAAGGAAUCUCAGUCGCGAUAGCCCCGUCAAACGAUUCCAUGCACGAAACCAGAGUUUCGACAGUAUCAAGAGGACAGGAAGCGUAACCCGCGGUAAACUUUUCAUGAACGAGCCGGUGCCAGAAGCUUUGGAAGAUGAGGAUGAGGAGAAGGACGAUAACAUUGCUUCCCCUAAGGUCUCGUAUACCGAUACAGGAAUUCAGUACUCGCCGCCACCUUCACCUAAACUAUCACCCGUGAAGCCUGCGACGCCUGAGCCUCCAGUUCUUGUCAAGCAGCCAGAAGUUGAGUCUUCACCACGAGCAGAUGGAGAAAUCGAGGCCAACCAACGCCGGAAGCGUGUUCAUCCCCCACUCAGCAUUGAGCCACCAACUCGACGUAUUAUGGUCUCGAGUUCCGUACAAACGGUUGAGGAACCGUUGGUACUUCCCAUGACGCCCAAAACACCCAAAUCGCCUACUCGACCGCCGCCGCCACCACCUCCAGUCCUGCCUCCCAUGGUUGAAAAACCUGUAAUGGCUACCUCUUCUACUCAGACCGAAAGCUCGCCCACUCGACCACCACCAGCUGUCCCAGCCGCUUUGACACCCGCACCUCCCCUUGCCAUCCCAAGCAUCAGUGUUCACCCCCCUACUAGUCGUCCUAGCACACCCAAGGAGCCACGAUUGCCAGUGCUUCACAAAGAUUUUGGCUGUCAAGUCAGUCUUCCUUCGUCAGUCUUAACAGCUGAAGCGGGAGUACAGACAGAAGGUAUUCAGACGGACAAGCGAAUGGCAUUGCUCCCACCUCAUCUUCAGCCUUCUGCGAUUUCUUCACGGCCCUCUUCACCCAACACAUCAGCUGGCGUUGACGUGACGAAGAGUUUCACACCAGUCCCUGGCAACGUGCCCCCACGAAAUCCUCGUCGACUAAAUAGGCAGAGCUUCAGUGAUCAACCAUCAUCACCAAUUUCCGUUGUGGACGAUGACACCCUCCACGACAUUUACCCUGGAAACAACGACGACGGCCCUCUUUCAAAUGAGAAGGCUCCGGUUCGACGCCCACAUCGCUUUAGUAGCCUUUUCGCUGGUUUUGAUGGAGGCAGUACAGACGAAGCAGAUGAAUUUGGUGACGCUGACUUGAGUGAUCCCGAGUAUCAAACAGCAUUAUCUGCACCCCGUCCUAAGUCUAUCUCAAGUCGUCUUGGUAAGCGUAGCUCAACAGGGACGACUGGAACCAACGGAACCAUUCCAACGUCGCCUGAGCAGAUCAUGAUGAGGCAAGGCCCUCGUGUCACCACUGAAAUUCAUCACGCCUUCAUGACUAAGCCCGGAAGGGCUUUCGAGAAGGGUCCUUCAGCCAUGCCACCUAAUCGGGCCAGCAUUAUGAGAAAAGCGGCCAUGAUUCAGAGUGGCAUCGCCAGUCAUCAAGGUCAAAGUCGGCCAAGAAGUCCCAGUCUGCCCGAGACCAAAAACCCUCCCCCCUUCCCAAUCCCCACUAGAGCCAGCUCCAGAAACGUUCCCACAAGCGCGAGUGCUCCUAGUGACGGCCAGAGAAGCCCAACUCGAGAGGAUUUCUUCCAGCGACGUGGAUCAGGUCGUGUCUACCGGGCGGGUAGCGUACGAAAAGUCCGCUCUGCUGCUGCGUUGCCGCGUCACCAUCGGCAUCGUAAGCAAGGCAGUCGGUCUUCUCCUCCACUGUCCCCCUCCACUGAAGCUCCCGAGAGCCCCAGCCUCCCUCCUCUACCGAGAAACGACAUUACAACUCCUCGUCCUCGGGCACGUCAUAGUGGUCAGUCUAGGCAUCAGCACAAGCUUUCCACUAAUACAGAUAACACCUUUAACACCUUCAACACUUUCAAUACUGGAAAUACCGGAAACACUGGAAACACACUCAAUACCUCCAGCACUGAGCCACCCUUCAGCCCCAACGGUCCGCAGAACACAGGUGUAGUAGAUGCUAUCGCACAGACUAUGGUUGGUGAAUGGAUGUUCAAGUACGUCCGCAGAAGGAAAUCGUUCGGCGUGGCUGAGAGCAAUGGCAAGGAUGAUACCGGCAAUGAUCGUCACAAACGAUGGGUUUGGCUUGCACCCUACGAGCGAGCUAUCCUUUGGAGUAGUAAGCAGCCUUCCUCUGGUAGUGCCCUGAUGGGCAAAGCUGGUCGAAAACUCACAAUACAAUCUGUACUGGAUGUCAAGGAUGAUAACCCCCCACCGAAGGGCGUGACAUCAGUAUUCAACCGAUCCAUUUUAAUUCUGACGCCGCAGCGAGCCCUCAAGUUUACGGCAGAAUCGCCUGAGCGACAUUAUAUCUGGCUGACAGCCUUAUCAUUCCUCGCACAUUCUUCUCAAGCAAUCCCUGAGAAUAUUUCGGUACCACGAAUUCAACAAACACCGCUGCCCCAAUUUGAGGCACCUCAGCCCAAACUAAAACGGGGUGGAAUCAGAGACUCUAUUCGUCUUGCCAAGGGGCGUACGCUUGCUCACCGUGCUGGGCCACCUAGUGUUCCAAGCAUUCCAAGUAUCCCAAGUGUCCCUAGUGUACCAUCUUCACAGAUGGGAGACCAUGCUCCAGUUGCAGAAUCUGUGGGAGGAUUCUCAGGUACCCACUCUAGGGAAGACUCGAGAGAUGCAGCGGAACCUCCAUUUAUCCCACGUUUCCAUGACCGAAAUCAAAACCAAAACCAAGCCAUGGUCCAUGGGCGUAAGCGAAGCAACACAGGUGGUCAUGUACCACCACCACUCUCGUUCCGAGGCUUCUCUGGACCGGCUGUGGGAGUUGGUCAUCACCAGUCAACCAACAGCAACGCUGGCAACAGCACGGGAACUGCGGGCUCUUCUGAUAUUUACCAGUCUCAGGCAUCGAGCAAUGGGACGUGGCCGAUGAGUCAAACGACUUCACAGCGCACAUCUGAGGCCUCGUCUCGACCAGGCAACUUCUUUGAUGCCAUCGGCACUGUCCGAAUGGAGGCUUUCAUCAGCCCGUUGGCAUUUUCUCAAAUCAACGAUUAUCCGGAUGAACAGGACGAGUUCCGCUACUCGCUUCGGAGACGAAGCAAAGAACAACGAAGACGGCAGAGCCGAAGUCGUCAACGAGAUAGUUAUAAUUCUCGCAGUACCCGUAUGACACACGACGACUACUAUAGUGGAAGCAGAACCGCGGGAGAAGAGGACUUCUUCCGUGAUGAUCCAUUCAAAGGAUUCUAG